CACAGGAAUUGCUGUAAUUAUAUAGAGAACUUGAAUUACAAUGGGGGACGACAGUGAAUGGAUGAAACUGCCCAUUGAUCAGAAAUGUGAACACAAGCUGUGGAAAGCCAGAUUAAAUGGUUAUGAAGAAGCCCUUAAGCUCUUCCAGAAGAUAGAUGAUGAAAAGAGUCCUGAAUGGUCCAAGUAUCUUGGAUUGAUAAAGAAAUUUGUGACAGACUCCAAUGCAGUGGCUCAGCUGAAAGGACUGGAAGCAGCACUUGCUUAUGUUGAAAAUGCUCAUGUAGCUGGGAAGACAACAGGAGAAGUAGCAUCUGGAGUUGUAAAUAAAGUGUUCAAUCAGCCAAAGGCCAGAGCAAAAGAGCUGGGUCUAGAUAUAUGUCUAAUGUAUAUAGAAAUCGAGAAAGGAGAGGCAAUACAAGAAGAAUUAUUAAAGGGUCUGGACAACAAAAACCCAAAAAUCAUAGUAGCAUGUAUAGAGACACUGAGGAAAGCACUAAGUGAAUUUGGUUCAAAAAUAAUCUUACUGAAGCCAAUCAUUAAAGUAUUGCCAAAACUUUUUGAAUCUCGGGAAAAGGCUGUUCGAGAUGAAGCCAAACUCCUUGCUGUGGAGAUCUACCGUUGGAUAAGGGAUGCUUUGAGACCUCCAUUGCAGAACAUAAAUUCUGUUCAGCUGAAAGAGCUGGAAGAAGAGUGGAUCAAAGUGUCAUCAGCUCCACCUAAGCAGACUAGGUUUCUGCGUUCCCAACAGGAGCUCAAGGCAAAAUUUGAGCAGCAGCAAGCCAUUGGAGGAGAUGCAGAUGGAGGCGGUGAUGAUGAGGAAGAGGCAGUACCACAAGUAGAUGCAUAUGAGUUGCUUGAAGCUGUAGAAAUUCUUUCCAAGCUUCCCAAAGACUUCUAUGAGAAAAUAGAAGCAAAAAAGUGGCAAGAAAGAAAAGAAGCUCUAGAGGCUGUUGAAGUGCUUGUGAAAAAUCCCAAGCUGGAAUCAGGGGACUAUGCAGACUUGGUUAAAGUUCUCAAAAAGGUUGUCGGAAAGGAUACAAAUGUGAUGUUAGUUGCUUUGGCUGCCAAAUGCCUUGCUGGAUUAGCUACUGGCCUCCGAAAAAAAUUUGGACAGUAUGCAGGGCAUGUUGUUCCAACAAUCCUGGAGAAAUUUAAGGAGAAGAAGCCUCAGGUAGUGCAGGCACUGCAGGAAGCUAUUGAUGCCAUCUUUCUAACAACCACAUUGCAGAACAUAAGUGAAGACAUUUUGGCAGUAAUGGACAACAAAAACCCAACAAUUAAGCAACAAACAUCCCUUUUCAUUGCAAGAAGCUUUCGUCACUGCACACCUUCUACUUUGCCAAAAAGCCUGUUGAAACCUUUCUGUGCUGCACUUCUCAAGCAUAUCAAUGAUUCUGCUCCUGAAGUAAGAGAUGCUGGAUUUGAAGCAUUAGGCACUGCCUUGAAAGUGGCUGGAGAGAAAGCUGUGAAUCCUUUCCUAGCAGAUGUAGACAAACUCAAGCUUGAUCGGAUUAAAGAGUGUGCUGAGAAGGUAGAACUGAUUUAUGGUAAAAAGACAGGAGGAGGAGUUGAGAAAAAAGAAGGCAAGCCUAUUGCUGGGAAGACCCCUGCUAUUUCAGGGACUGGGGGAGAUAAAGAAGCAAAAGAUGCAGCAACCAAACCAGGAUCACUGAAAAAAGCAUCUGCUGUGAAGUCUGGGGUCCCACCAAAGAAAGGCAAACCAGCUGCAGCUGCAGGCACAGGAGGUGCUGGGGCUAAAGGCAAGAAGGGUCCUGAGACCAAAGAAAUAUUUGAAUCAGAUCUCUCCAUAGAAGUAUGUGAAGAGAAAGCUGCUGCUGUCCUUCCAGCUUCAUGUAUCCAGCAGUUGGACAGUGGUAACUGGAAAGAAAGACUUGCCAGCAUGGAAGAAUUUCAGAAGGCUGUUGAGCUUAUGGAGAGAAGCGAAAUGCCUUGCCAAGCUCUAGUAAGAAUGCUGGCCAAGAAACCUGGUUGGAAGGAAACAAAUUUUCAG